AGAGCCAGACUCCGGAUAAAACAUUCCCUGUUGUCCCAGCCAUGUGCCCCCACAAGCAGACGCAACGGCGCGUGACCUUUCACCUCCCGGACGGCUCUCAGGAGAGCUGCAGUGACAGCGGGCUCGGAGAGCAGGAGCCCAAUAGCGGUGCCAGCAUCACCCAGCCUCUGCCCUUGGGCUUCCCUCAGGAAGAGUACUAUGAACAGACCUCACCGAACAGCCGCACUGAGGGUGACGGCAACUCUGACCCCGAGUCCACUAUUGAAGUGAACCUGCAGAAAGCUCUCGCCGAGGCCUCGGAGACCUGUACCCAGGAAUGUCUGAUCCUGGGUCAUUCUGACAGCUGCUGGAUGCCGCCAGCGCUGACCCAAUUCCAGACGUCCGGCGCCGCCACUCUGCCCUCCUUUAGUUUUCAACAAAGCUGGGCACGGGGGACCAAGGCAGAUGGGCGUCACACCCUUGGCAGGUCAGUGCCCAAAGAUGAUCUGGACAAAGGGAGCAACCGGCCCCAAUUCUACAACACACUUGAGAGACACUGCAGCAAAAAAGAGGAUCCCAUCAAGGUCAUCCCUCUAGCAAGCUUUUCCGCCACGUCCAGCUCUCAGACGUCCACGAGCGGAGGUCCUUCAGCCUUCCUGCACGAGCAUCAGCUGUAGAAGCGAGGGAAAAUAUUAUGGCAGACCGUCCCAGUAGUCAGGCAUCUUCAUUUGCAUGUGAUUCCAGUUGACCUCCGCUGGCUGAGUGUGUUCUGUAGCACUAAACCCUUGUUCUGACACCAAUCAGUAUUCAGUAUCAUCUCCUCGGUUGUGUUAUAGUUAGUGUGAAGGACUAGAAUCGCAACACACUUUGAGUCCCCAACACGUCUUAACAAAAACCAAAUCAAUUCUCAUCAUCACUGUAUGAAAACAAAAAGAGCAAAUUGUACAUAGAUAUACUUAGCAGUAACACUGAGAAACUAAUUUUAACAUACUGUGUGUGUAAACAAAGGGAAAAGUGGUUUAUACUUGCUGAAAAUAGUUGAUAAAAGACAAAAAUCAUGAAAAAUGAGGACAAUCUCUGUUGUAAUGUAUUCAAAACAUAUGCAUACUGUAUAUUAUUAUAUGUGUGCGCGUGCGUUUGUGUGUGUGUGUGCAUGUAUGUAUACUGGCACAGCAGUGUCUGGAUAAUGUAUGUACACACUAUGUAUCUUGUAUAGAAUCUGAAAGAAUAUAAAACUGCUGAUAUAUUAAAUCUGCUUGUAAUUUAAACAUCAUUUGCUGUAUUUCACAAUUAUUACUUUCUUUAGAGGUGAGCUUUCAUAUGUGCCAGCAGUCAAGCACUGUUGAACAAUUGAAAUAGCCUAUAUCUUGAUAUCAUACCCCUGUAAAAUGCAAAAAAAAAAAAAAAUGAAAAGAAUAAGAAACUCUCAUUUACAUUUGGUGUGAUGUUUUUUCUUGUCUUGAAUUUUUUCUUGAACCAUUAAAUAUUGUGUAUCUUUAGA